AUGUGGGUUGCUGUUCAAGGAUGUCGAUUUUGUAGCAUCGUCAACAAUCAGCCUGAGAAGCAUCUCAGGGAGAGCGAUAACGCGGUGGUUGUUGAAGACGCUUAUCCGCACGCUCCACAUCAUUACUUAAUACUCAGUAAACGGCACAUUAACAAAGCAAGUGAUCUAACGACUGCCGAUCUUCCGCUUGUUAAAGAAAUGGACCGGCUUGGCCGGGAUUAUUUGCGUGAGACACUGAAACAAAGAGGCGAAGCGGACACAGUGGAGGAUUUGCUGCGCAUGGGCUUUCACUGGUCGAUGUUUGUCUCUGUCCAUCAUCUUCAUAUGCACCUGCUCUAUCCGACUCGAGACGUAUGCUUCAUCUCGUCCGAACUUAUUCAGCAUUCGGGCAAUGAUAGAAACAGCAACAGUUUUUUUUUUUGCUCAUGGAGCAAGAAUAUAAUAUUAAACCUUCUAUAA